GGCUUCUGAUUGGUUGUCCCUGUCUCGAGGACCCAAGUUGGGAAGGCCUGCGUCUGCGCUUGCAGAGGUGCAGCUAGUCGAGUCUUCAGCUACUUCUUUCCGCUCCUCUCCGCCUUCGCCAGCUCACUGUAAUCCUGCCAGCAUGUCUCAGGCUGAGUUUGACAAAGCUGCUGAGGAGGUUAAGCACCUCAAGACCAAGCCAGCAGAUGAUGAGAUGCUGUUCAUCUACAGCCGCUACAAACAAGCAACUGUGGGUGACAUAAAUACAGAACGGCCUGGGAUGCUGGACCUCAAAGGCAAGGCCAAGUGGGAUGCCUGGAAUGACCUAAAAGGGACUUCCAAGGAAGAUGCCAUGAAAGCUUACAUCGACAAAGUAGAGGAGCUGAAAAAGAAGUAUGGGAUCUAGGUAUGGCUGCCAGCCAUGCAUUUCGUCCAAACUGAUGGUCAUCCCCUGUUUUUCUAAUGCUGCUGAUGGAGUGAAAUAACAGAUCAGCCCUCUUCGUGAACAUUGUCCAGGCUAUGGCUCUAAGAGAUUAAGGAGCUGAAACAGUUACUAACCCUGCUGAGUAGUUUUUGUCUCUAGGUCAAUUAAAAAACUGCAUUUAUUAUUUUAA